AGGGCGCCAUCAAGGACCUGCGGGCGGGCCCCAGGGUGAGCGCGGUGGAGCCGCAGCCAGAGCCCGGCCGGAGCCUGAACCUGAGCCAGGUCGGGGUCGCAGCUGCCGCGGCCCUGGGGCCCACAGCUGAAGACGGACUCCACCGGGACAGGCACCCUGGGGCAGCGCGUGAGGUUGCGGAUCAGGCGGCCGCCGAGUCCCGGGAGUGCGCGGGACCGGCGGUCGCCGCCGCCACCACCGCUGCUGCUGCUGCUGCUGUUAGGACUGGUGCGGGAGGGCGCAGCAGGUGUCUGCAACAACUGUCGAGUGAUUCGAAAACAUCUGUGGCUUCCAUCAGAGACCAAAGCACAGGUUCUGCUAAUCCUGCUGAGCUUUGUUGCCUCCAUUCAGCAUGGGAGAAAGGCCAAACUUCAGCUAGAGAGAGUCCCUGGGGGUUGCCCUUGGUGGCCGAUAGCCCGGCGGCCAGGGCAAAGGUGGUGAUGGCAGAACUGGCACACCUGAAGUUGGAAAAGAAGCCAUGGCCUACAAGGACACACUCGCUCCACUACUACUACCUGGCCCUGUCAGAGCCAGGCCCAAGCCUCCCUAAGUUUCUGGCUGUAGGCUACGUGGACGACCAGCCCUUCAUCCGGUAUGACAGUCGUGUGGGCAAGGCUGAGCCCCAGGCCCCGUGGAUGACGCCAAUGGAUGCCCAGUACUGGGAGACAGAGACCAAGAAGCAGGAGAAAUGGGCGGAGGUGCAGCAGGUGGAGAUGUGGACGGUGAUGGGCUACCACAACCACAGCAGCGGCAUGCACAGCGCUCAGCGCAUGUUCGGCUGUGAGAUCCAGGAAGACGGCCGCUACAGGGGCUUCUGGCAGUUUGGCUACGAUGGGCAGGACCACCUGUCGCUGGACCUGGAAACCCUGAGCUGGGUGUCAGCUGAGCCCAUAGCCACGCGGACCAAGCACUGGUGGGAGACAGAGCGCUGCUACGCAGAGUACGACAAGGCCUACCUGGAAGGCCCCUGCCUUGCCUCCCUACACAGAUACCUGGAGCUGGGAGGCCAGAGAUUCAGCCGGAGAGAGCCACCCACAGUGCGGAUAACAAAGCACUCGGCCAAAGAUGGGGGCACCACCCUGAGGUGCUGGGCCCUGGGCUUCUAUCCACGCAACAUCUUGCUGAGCUGGUGGCUGGGGGAGAAGGAGCUGGACUCUGAGCAUGCGGAGACACGCCCCAGUGGGGAUGGCACCUAUCAGACGUGGGCGGCUGUGUGGGUGCCGGUGGGGGAGAAGGCCCAGUACACCUGCCACGUGCAGCACUCCAGCCUGAACCACACGUUCACUGUGUCCUGGGAGUCCUCUCAUCCUGGACUUAUCGCCAUGGUUAUCUCCCUCAUCCUGGUCUUGCUGGUGGUUGUUGGUGGUGUGAUCUUGACCAAGUGCAUUCAAGCCAGGAAUAAGGAAUCUUACAAGCAAGCCCCAGGUGGAGAGGACCCCCAUAAUUCCCAAAGCCCAGCAAGAGCAGGGGCUACUCAACUCAUCUGCUGACAGAUGGUCACCGUCACAGAUCAAGGAGGUGUUUUGUGGGAUGUUUGGGGACCUGAAGACCCCCUGCCCUGGCUGGCUGGUAUGAAAUCUGACUGUGAAGGGCCCACCCCACCCCGAAACUGAGGCGUCCUCACCCCUAUCAGUCUUGUUACAAGCGGUCUGUGCCACUAAGAUGGCUUUGCCAUCUCCCUGAAGUCCUUUUAAAAGUCUAAUUAUUUCCUGUUUCAGGGAUGGGGAGGAGGAGGACAGUAGUAAUUCCUCAGAUUGUUUUACACCUGACAAUUUGCCAAAUGAUUUCAUGUUAAGUGUAAAUCCCACUUGAGCUUCUCAGGCACCCUGUGAGUUUGGCUAUGUUAUUCUCAUUCCCACUUCCUGAACGUGAAAACCAAGGGUCUGGGCAGUCAGGGAAGAACCAGAACAAUAGUCAAAGAGUUACAGGGGCAGCAUCCUUAAUGCACCUGCUAGCAUCAGGAAGAAAUAGCUGAAUGCCUGCCUCAUUUAUAAGUGUGUUCUUUUAUGUAUGUCUGAUCCCCUUUUGUAAAGAUUAGAGUGUUGGGGCUGUGAGGGUGUAGGGGAGGCGGCAAGGAUGGGAACAUGUGUAUGUGAGGGUGUGUGGGUGUGUAUGUGUGAGGGUGAGAGGAUAUAGGGUGUAUGUAAGGGUGAGUGUAUGUGUGGUGUGUGGGUGUCCUUGUGUAUAUGAGGAGAAGCUCAGAGAGACAGGUGCCUGGGGGCCUGUUCGUUGGUCCCAGGCAGCUGGAGGAUGAGAAACAACACAGGCCAUAUUUUCCAUUAUUUCCUGUCCUUUUGAAUGAUUUGAAUUUUUGCAAUAAGCACGUGUUACUUUUACAAUAAGGGAAAGACCCCUUUUCGCUGUGUCCUGUGGAAAUGCUUGUGAAGGAUAUGUCUGGAGAAGGCCCAGCCUCACCUUUGCAUUUUCAGUGGAGCAGAAACCCCAUGUCUCCUCUGUGAACAAGAAUCCAGUCUCACGGCCAUUUGGUGUGCUAAGGGGCUGGGACUCCAGAGCCCCAGCAGAGAGAGGGAGUGCUCCACUGUCAUAAAGGACACAGGCCAGACCCCUCCCAGGGCACCCUCUGCCUCCCCUUCAGCUGACCCCAGAGUGUGACAGAGCCUCCUGUGGGGACUUUUGAAACCUCCGUGUCUGCAGCCCUGGGAGGCUCCGAGCCUGAGGAUGUGAACGACUGUAAUACUAGAAAAAGAUUCAGCCUGCCCUGGUGGCCUGCAGGACCUCAGCAGUGAGCUUGUAAUUAUCAGAUUGUCCUGAAGACGUGUCUUAAAUGUCUGUCUUUCUCAGUGAUGUUGUCAUGUUCCAUAUAUGCUGAGCAAACCACAUACUAAGCAGGGUUCUAAGCACUGUACUGUAUACUAAGCUGUUUAAUCCUCAAAGCACACCUGUGCUGGAGAAUUAAUACUCCUGUGCUACAGGUGAGGAAACUGAAGUCCAGGGUCCCACAGCUGGUUCAUGCCAGAGCUGGGAUGUGAGGCCAGGUAGUCUGGCCACUGCACCAAAAGUCUCAAUGACAACCGUGCUGUUCUGUAAAUAGGCAAGCAAGUACACGUCUGCAAUCCCUUAUCUGCAAUUCUGAAAUCCAAAAAAACCGCCAAAAGCCGGAAUUUUCUUCCUAACUUUGUCAUCAUAACCUGACCUGGGGUACUUCCCUGGUGGUCCAGUGGUUAAGAAUCCGCCUUCCAAUGCAGGGGACAUAGGCUCGAUCCCUGGUGGGGGAACUAAGAUCCCACAUGCCGCGGGGCAACUAAGCCCAUGAGCCGCAACUACUGACACCGUGCGCCACAACUACUGAGUCUGCUCGCUCUGGAACCUGCGCACCACAUCUAGAGAGAAGCCUGUGCGCCACGAGGAAAGAUACCACGUGCUGCAACUAAGACCCAACGCAGCCAAAAAUAAAUAUUAAACUAAAACUAAAAAAAAAAAAACUGACCUGGGAGAGAGGUGGGAGGAAAAACAAACAAAAAACCUUAAAGUGAAGUGAGGUUCUGUGCUUCCACUGCAGGGGACAUGGGUUGGAUCCCUGGUCCGGGAACUACGAUCCCACAUGUUGUGCGGUGUGGCAAAAAAAAAAAAAAGUGUUCAUGCUCUUCAUUUAUUCCUCUAGGGUGCCUUUUCACAAUUUUCCACAGAAAUAUUGAUCUGGGGGAUUAUGGGGUGUCACCCCAGACCCCUCUGGUAGUAUUAUGUAAUAUUCAGCAUCCAUACCUGGGUAGCUUUCUAAAGCCCAAAGAAUUCUAAAUUCUGAAAUACAUCUGGCCCUAAGGGUUUCGGGUAAGAUUAUGGACCUGUAUUAAUAAGGUUUUGUGGCAAUAAACAUGUUUUAUUUUUACAGUUGUCUGACUGUAUGGUGAGACAAGUUAGGAAACAGGGCAGGUCUGGCCCCUACCAAUAGGAGGCACAAGUGCCCGGGUGGGCCCUCAAGGUUCCCUCAGCCCUGGAUGCACUUAGGUCCUCCUGAGCAGAAGUGAAACAUUCUUCCCUGGGGAAGGGGUAGAGGCAGAGUGUGUUUGGGGAGAAGCAGAUUGGACGAGGCUUCUGGCCAGUCAUUCUCUCUUUGAAUUGGUACAGCUGUGUCACCUUUCUGUACCCUACACAUACCGCCAAGGCUUCAGGCUCCUCUACACACCUCCCAGACCCACCUCCUCAAGCUUUGGUCCUGCCCAGCCAAGUGUAGACCUUAGACUGGCAAUUUGCAUGGCUUCUUUGAUGCAAGGGCAUUGAAUAUUCAGGGAGCCUUAGAUAGAGGGUCCGGCUUCUAUAAGUGCAAGCCCUGGGCAGAAUGGGCCGGAGGUUCCUGUCCAGUUCUGUGCUUCUCUGUGUCUAGGACCCUGAAUACCUCUGGGGCCGCGGGAUUAUAGGACCAUCCCUCCAGGUGAGGAAAAGGAGCAGAGAGGCCAUGGACUGGAACAGUCCCAUAACAGCCCCUACAGGACAGUAGCAGGGCCCCAGGCACCUAUCUGCCACCCAAAGGCUACAGUCAUUUCGCUCUUCCAUUAGCCUCAUUGGCUACUUGGUUUAGAAACUGCCAGAGGGCAAAGGCCAAGCAGUCAAUAUCUGUCCUGGAUAUCCAUCAGCAAACCCUAGUUUUUGCACCUCACGGCCUUUUCCUGCUGGCUUUCCUCACCCUCUGUCCACUCGGCCUUCUGCCUUCUCACCAGAACACGACAUCUGCAAGAAAACCUGGAGCUCUGGCACCAGGGGACUGGUAGACGGAAGUGCCUGAGGUGAAGAGACAGCCGCUACGCCUACCCUGGCCUGGGGACCCUUCCUCCCCCUUCCUGAGUCCUACUAACCCUUCCCUGCUGAAGCAGCCCUCACCCCAACUUCGCACCCCAGGCAGAACCUACCAGCCUUUAUGCUGCCAAUGGCACCACCGUCCUGACGUUCAGGAAGUGUCUGCUCCAUAACUGGAUUAUGAGAUCCUUGGCAACUGGGCAACUUCAAACUUUAUUUUGUUUUAAUCAUAUUUCCCUUAGAGGCUAGUUCAGUGUUUUGCCCAUGGAACCAUAAAAUACAUUUUAGGGGAAAAAACCAAAAAGUAUAUAAAAAUAAAAAAUAAAAUAAUACAUUUAAGACCUAAAGGGAUCCUAAAGCAUCUCUAGGAGCCCCUGAUAAUUUGACACUCUCACUAACUACCCCACCCCAUCAUGCGACUUCGCUCUGCUGACGUCUUGAGGCCUCUCACAUUAGAGUCCUUCCUGUCCAGGCUGUGAGCUCUCUCAAGUGUGUCUCUCUCUUACCUCCCACCCCCUC